AUCCAUCUGCGAUCCAAUUGCUGAAGCAAUUUUUAGGCAAAGCCCACUCAAUGGAACGUAUGUUAUCAAUGAAACAGGAUAUGAUAAUCAUGGAUGAACAGAUUAUGGAAGCAGGGGGUGCUAACUAUGGUCGCAAGAAAAUGAGAGCUCUGAAAAUGCUUGCUCUCAAGACUGCUUCUGCGCUCAAGUGGAACCUGAAACUAUUAAUGGAUGAAUUGUCUCUGUCGAUGUCCAAUCAGCUCUUAUCUGAUUUGCUAGCCGAGGCUGGACUACUAAGCAGCCGAGAGAUUGUGGAGUGGUCAGACUUGGCUGACCAAGCUGUAUUUGCUUUGCAUAUUUACCAUAGAUGGGUUGUCCAAGCUGUUGUAAGGGAUAGUUUUCCCCAACGGCCACCUAAGUUCAACAGUGUUCAAAUGCCUGGUCAGUUUGAAACAGCCAAUCACACAGCAAAUAAUGAAGUUCUCAUGAACACGUUAAAAUCCGAUGUGGAGAUCUCACUUGGCAUUCUCGAAACUGGUCUGAGCUUGAUCAAGUCUCUGCAGAUGCCUGCUUUAGAGAGCUUCACAGCCCUGAGAGAGGAGGACGACGACGACGUAUCGCACUCGUGGGAGAAGGGUAUCACAAUCUGUCAGGAGGAGUUGAUAGCUCAGAUAAGUUACGACUUAGGAUGCUUCUAUUUCUUCAAGGAAGAUUACAAGAAAUCAUCUGAAAUGUUUGUCACAACAUCAAAAAUGUUGCAUAAGAUUGAUACACCAAAGUACUGUAUUAUUGACAAGAAAACUUUGGAGGGGUACUUGCUUGCUACUGGCACUGUGUGUGAUGAGCCUGGAACAACAAAGCAAGAGUUGUCCCUGCUAGAGAAAGUGAACCUGGCACGGGAGAAGAAUGACCAUGAGGAACUGGUAAGACUGUUGUCAGAUAACUGUGAGAAAUCAGAAUUGUGGUAUGUGUACACAUCGGAGCUGGAGAGAGGCUUUCCACACAGAAGCUCAAUGCAAUUUAAGAUCAUGUGUUGCAACGUGAUUCACAAGGUACUGGCUGGGAAGCUAGUCAGCAGCUCAUUCCCUACUCAUCUGGAACAUCAGGGUGUAGAUGGCAGCACUUAUCUAUUGAUAAUACAUAUUAACGUUUCUGAAUCGUACAUCGAAAGCUUACCAGCGGAUUCUUAGCGCAGAGAUUACCAAAAAGUUGCUGUCACAAUCGGAACUGGAGAGUCUCUUGGCACAUGACGGGCCACUAACUGACAAGACACCAUCAGCAAAGGUCACAAUCGAGAAUUCUGUGCUGGAGAUCGGCGAGCUGGAGAGGAGACUGCUUGUCAGUCUCGAUCAGUUUGAGAUCCUCGACUGCGUGAACAAGCUGGUGCAGGUGCGGCCAGGAAGGUCCCUAGCUUCUAUCAACUGCAAGUGGGAGGUAGGAGGAAUGCUACAGCAAGGUCUUGACGCCAUGUUCUCGGGCAUGUGCAAGGAUCUCACUUUCAUCCUGCUGGCCAAGGCUAAGCUUGCUGUGGCAGGAAAAAGCUAUUAUGAAGCCAAGCGGUUGCUAUCUGCUGCAGAAGCAGAGUCGGGUGAUGUCUCGUUCAUAUUCGUGCAGCUCAUCAGGUGGGAGAUAUUGCUGGUGGAUCUAAUCCUGUUCGAUAAUGCUGACAUUCCCACUGCCACGAGAGAGCUUGGCAAGAAGGUGAAAACCUGCAUGACGGCCUACAUGCAGGGCCAAGACGCUAUGCCUAGGACUGAGGUUAUUGAGCACUGCGCAGCCUUCCUGCUUAACGUAAAGGACUGGGACUAUUUGCGAAGUCUGCCCAAUGCAAACAAUGGAUGUCUGAAGCUUGCCUGCAUCAUGGCUAAUGUGUGCAAGGAUCUUCCAAAUACCAACAGCCGGAAUCUGGCUAGAGAUGUAUGGAAUGCCGUGAUGGGUGUGUUUAGUGUGAGCAGUCAGCAGAAGCGCACCAGUUCAGGAAUGGUGAGCAACAUACACAGGGACAGCUUCCAAAUGCUCCUGCCAAGGUCCGAGUUCAUAGAAUUUACAUGCAAAAUAAAGGUGGACAUUGUUUUGUCUGUUUUAAUAUCAUGCUUGACAAAGAUUUACAACAUCUUGAAGGAUGACUCGCUAAAAGAAGUUUUCUUGGACUACAUGUAUCUGUGGCCAUCGACUAUUGUCAGUCCUUGUUCUGUCGACGUGUACGUGGUCGAGGAAGCACUCGGUAAGAUUCUCGCUCACAGCUUGCGAAUCCACCCUAGCCACACACCCUGGCUGAGGAGCAAAGCUGACGUCUGUUACAGUAAUGGUCACUAUGGGGCAGCACUGAAGUAUUAUGUAGAAGCAGGAAUGGUGUGUAGCAACUUCUUUACGAAGCCAGUGCCAAAGACUAUAUAUACUGACCAGGUAUAUCGACGCAUGAUGAAGUGCUGCUCCUAUCUGAAAUGUCACACCCAGGAGGCGCUGCUGUGCCAGUUUCUCGACGAGAUUGAAUACAAGACGGCGUUCAAAGCGCUCCAGGAGAAGAACAGCUACGACGCGGUCGAUGCGUACUACGCCUACAUAUGGGACCCCACGAUUCUUGAGUUUCUCAUCAACCUUCACGUAAAGCGCUUUGAGAUUGACAGAAAAAAUCAGGCUAUAAAGGCACUGGGCCAGUUGGAAUUAAAUGCUAACAACGACCCUGUAGUCCUACAGAUGGCAGCACAGAAGCGCAAAGGAGAUUUUCUGCGUGCGCUCGCAAUGCAGUAUGUGACGUCAGGGAUGGAAAAACCUUGAAGAUGCAGAGCAGAGCAACUUAAAAAUUCUGCCGUGUCAACCACAAACGCCUCUAAAAGAACAAAUUAACAUGAUAGCAUUGCAUAUGUGACACACACAAGGGAUGUGUAAUGAAAGUCAAAUGGCAAUUCUUAUCAAAAAUGCCUCUGCAUUUAUGUAUAUAGUGUAAAAGUAUACUCAAGAAUGUUGAGAAGUUAUGGAAAAUAAUACCAUCGGUUUGUAAAUUAAUUAUUGCUGCAACAGCGAUCGUUAACAAAGGAACAUAUCUGGUUGUGAUAUCACGUUAC